CACAAUAUCUAAGCAACAAAAAUAAAAUAGAAAAAAAUAAAAAAUCAUAUAGCUAUAAUUAUUCAUGAUGCAACAAGCACUUCCUUACAAGUCAUCAUGUAUAUCUCUAACACCAAGAGUUGAUCGACAUCAUCGUGUAAGUAAUAUCAAUUCAUUAUUAUACGUUAAAGGUUCAAAAGAAGAAUUGAAUAACGUUGUUAAGGAUAACGCGGUUAUCGUUGUGGGAAGACGAGGUUGUUGUAUGAGCCAUGUUGUGAAACGUUUACUUCAUUGUCUCGGAGCAAAUCCUGCCAUUUAUGAAAUCGAGGAAGACGAUGAAAACGAAGUGGUUGAUGAGUUGGAGAAUAUUAUCGUCGCCGGAGGUAGUGAUCGGAAAGACACCGGACGGUUGCAAUUUCCGGCGGUGUUCGUCGGAGGGGAGCUGUUUGGUGGAUUGGAUCGGAUUAUGGCGGCUCAUAUUACCGGCGAGUUGACUCCUGUGUUGAAAAAGGCUGGAGCCUUAUGGCUUUGAAUUUUUAUUUUUUUUUUGUGUUUUUGGGAAAUAAAUUAAACUAGAUGUGGAAAUACAAGAUUUUAGAUAAGGGUAGGUUCAAAUUUUAUAAUUUGGGGUUACUAUUAUGAAUGAUUUCGAUAUAUCCACUUUGAAACUUGAUUACUUUCAAUUCAUAUUGAAAAAUAAUCCCAAACAAUAAUUACUACAUACGAUUUUAUACUCAGACUUGUGGCUUAUGAGAAAA